UGUCGGAGUUGCUGCAGGCGGAGAGCGGACAGGCUGGGGGCGUGUCUGACACUGAUGUGGAGCUCCCCAUUGGUGGACAGCUAUCCUGGUUACCAACCAACACUACUCACUGGGCACAUGAGAAAACACACAAAACUCGUCCAAUUCAAAGCUAAUUGCUAACAAAGUGCUGUUUUAAAGGGACAAUAACCUUGGGCUUGUCAUCUGUGUUCCCUCUGCAGUGGUAAUCAUCACAACACAUAUUUCACUUAUCUUUGGAGAACCAUUGGCCCUCCAAAAUAUGGGAUAGGGUUAUGUGAACAGCAUAACCUGCAGCCAUACGAUGCAUAACGAGGAGAGUAAGACGUGCCAAGGAGAGAAGCUAGCCUCUGCUGUGGACGACACUCUGGAUGAAUAUUUAAUCGCCCUUCAGCACAAAAACAGGAUCCUAAAGCGCCUUAAAGUUAAAGACCCCAGGGAGAUUGAGUUGGAACAGCUUGAGCAAGGUUUUUCCAUUUAUCUUAAUGGAGCCAAUGCUGAAGCCGACAGGAAGCUGCCCAAGAGCUCCAACCACAAGUCUGUCACCUCCCCACCUGCUCGGAGGCUGGCAUAUACAGCAGAUGUCUGUCGAAGCGGCCACCAGUUAAGUGAAAACAGCCAUAAUCUGGAGCAGACCACUAGCAAGAGGAACCGCACUGCCCCAGGAAAGGUCCAGAGGAAAGAAUGGGUGCAGGAUUCUGUCAGAAUUCGAACAGAGGAAGGACCAAGUUUGCAGAUCUCCCCAGAAAAACGCUACUCUGAGGAUUUUGAGCCUUCUGAAAGUGGAGACAUGGAGAGCUCCAGUCCGCGCCCGCCUCGUAGUCCCUGCUCCCCAAGGAACACCUGCAAGGUGUCGCGCUCCUUCAGCUCCAGGCAUGAGAGCCAAGGAGGCCAAGCAAAUCAGGAGUACAAUGAGAAGGUACUUCUCAACCUUGAGGAAGUGAAGGUUCUGCGACACAGCCUGGAGGUUAGCAUGCGGCGAAGCAACCGCGGCUCGGCAGGAGAGGAGUCGGACGAGGAGUGGGUGGAGGAGCAGAUCGAGAGGGAGGAGAGCACUGAGAGUCUGGACGAACUGGGACUGCCUGUCUCGUCCUCCAAGUCCUCCUCCAACCCUCGGCCCAGCAGCUCCCAAUGCCGUUUCGACUCAGCUAACCUUGUUGUCCUGGACUUUGGACCCUCAACUAAAGGUCAUAAGAUUGAACGCUCUCUGUCUGCAAAAAGGAAAGAAAACCCUGACACCUUUAUACCUUCCAAGCCCAUGUUGGUGAAGAGCAAGACAUUAGAUAUGCCACCUUCCAAAGAGAGCUGGGAUGGUCAGAGGCCAAGGAGUCGGGUGGAGAGGCCCCUGUCAGCAGCCAGAAAGGCUUCUGUUGAGGAGCGAGACUCAGACGAGACGGCAUGCAGGGUCCGCCAGGCCAUUCAGCGAGAAAACAACCAUGUGCAGAGACCUGAGCUCUUCAACCGCAACACGGGCAGGGGACACCAGAUGAUAAAUGGCUUAGCGCACCACAACAGCCAUGACAAGGAUGGGAACAGUGUCACCGUGGCCAUGCAGAGAAUCACGCUUAUGGGCCCUGGGCAACAACAGAAACUGCUGCAAGCCUUGGAGAAACUUGAAGCAGGACCCAGCUGCAAUAUUCCUCAGAGUGUCAAAACCGACUAUAGCAAGCAGCCGGGAAAGCUGUCCUCGGCUGAUGUCACCCCAACAUUAUAUGUUACCAUGGAGAUCCUGUCAAACUGGGGGAACGCUUUGCACGUUGGGCUCACUGAGUUGCAGUUCUUCUGCCUCAGAAACAAGAAGAUGUAUGUUUCUCCACAUGACCUAGAUAUCAGGAACGCUGACUACCCCGGGAAUCUGGGGGCGCUUGUCAAUGGAAAGGUGAAGACCACCAAAGAGCGUCACAUGUGGACGUGUUUGUUCCACCCUCCCAUCCAGCUCUACUUCAUCAUCAGGAACACGGAGCGUUCCCCAGACUUUGGAAUAUCUCGCAUUAAAAUCUGGAACUACAACACAAGCCUCAAUGAUCUUGACAUUGGUGCACGGCACAUAAAGCUGUACCUUAACAGCACAUUGGUGUUUGAAGGUGAGCUGGAGAAGGGCUGCGGCAACCACGUCUUUGACUACAGCACCACAAUUGACCUCCAGGAUUUCCAGAUUUCGGACUCCUUGUUUUCCAGCCCUGUUUCUUCAGGACACAAUCUACGGGGUGCCAGCCCCCAGCGCCAUGAGGACAGAAAGGGCGGGGAGGGCAGCAGCACCCAGGACCACCACAGUUGGAAUCCGCAGCCAUCAGAUGCAGGCCAGACUAUGAUAGCCAUGCAGGAAAAACCACAUACAUUGCUACCACCCAUCAGUCCUUCACCAGUGGGGGUUUCCACUCGUCACUCCUCGACACAAAGAAACUCUUUUGACCUGGCUGCUUCAGUGGAGCCCCUCUCUCUCCGGCAGCAGGUGGAGCAGCCUGCAACCAUUGAGCAGACGGUCACCACCCAGCCGUCGUCCUCACGGGUGGCCCCCCAGUGGCUGCAGCCCCUGAGCAGAGGAGCUCCAGAGGGCUGCGAAGCCAGCAGGGAGAGGCCCCGAUGGCUGGUACCUCAGCACUCUGCAGAGCCCAAAUCUCCGUCAGCCUCGUCCUCUUCAAUGCUCCAGGAGCUGCCCUGUAACCCAGGCAGAGUGUGUAGGGGGAUGGAGAGGACAGUGAACGGGGAUCAGUGGAAGGCUGAAUCUUUGGACCUAAGCUGCGACUUGCUGGAGGAGCUUGCAGAGCAAGCCCAAGACAGGCCCAUCAGCGGACGCAGGAGCUCAUUUCGAAACACUGCAGUCAUUGCCAAGCAGACAGAAGAGCAGCACUUUCGAGUUACUCCACUUUCAAACACAGAGGAACCGAUGCCAUUGGUGAACACAAACAGGAGGCAGUGCAGCCCUCUGGCCCAGCUGCACAGCCAACAGGAUGACACCCUCAGGGAGUCCUGGGACUCUCUUACUAAGUUCAACCAGUUCCAGCGUGGACGCAUCUCCAACAUGGGCUUUGAAGGUGACAUCUUUGAUGAGUUCCUCCAGCGGCAGGGCCGUGGUCCAACCACAGUUCCAGUCAACCCUUCCACAGCACCCAGGAGCCCACAUUCCUCCGUCACCACUCAGGGGGCACUGUGUGAAGGCCCUGACGAUGAUCAAUCCAUGGAGCGGGAGGACGAGUUUGAGAUCCCCGUGCUGCCGCAGGGCCAAAGACUGGUCAUAAACAUUCUGUCCACCUGGGGCGAUCGCCACUAUGUGGGCCUCAACGGCCUUGAGGUGUUUAGUUCCAGUGGAGAGCCCCUACAACCUGCUCACAUCCUUGCUGACCCUCCAGACAUCAACAUUCUGCCUGCAUACGGCAAAGAUCCACGUGUGGUCACCAACUUGAUUGAUGGCGUUAAUCGUACCCAGGACGACAUGCAUCUUUGGCUAGCACCUUUCACCCCUGGUUGUAGGCACACCAUCUUUCUGGACUUUGGAGCUCCCUACCAAGUGGCCAUGAUCCGUGUGUGGAACUACAACAAGUCACGCAUUCACUCCUUCCGAGGGGUGAAGGAGGUGGAAAUGCUGCUGGAUGGAAGGUGCAUCUUCAGGGGCGAGAUUGCCAAGGCAUCUGGGACACAGUCUAGAGAGUUAGACCAAUUCGGUGACACUAUCCUGUUCACCACUGAUGAUGAGAUCCUGGAGGCUAUGUCUCGUUAUGAUGAAACCUUUCUCGGUGAAAGUGAGGGUCCCGAGAGCCUGGUGGCUGAGGAGGAGCUGCAGAGACCACGCACCGCUGAUGGAGAAGGAGAGGAAAGACCCUUUACACAAGCUGGCUUCCGAGAGGAAGACCUCAAAUUGAAACUUCCCCUGAACCCCUCUGUGAGCCAGUCUGAGGAGAACAUGAAGCACAUUCCUGGGAUGUACACUGGAAAUUGCCUUAGACUAGAGUUGGUUUUGACUUGGGGGGACUCCCACUACAUGGGCCUGACAGGAUUGGAGGUGGUGGGGAAAGAUGGAGAGAGUAUACCUUUAGACCUCAGCAUGAUGGCUGCCUCACCAGGGGACCUCAAUGACCUGCCUGAGUACCAAUACGACCUGCGCACACUUGAUAAGCUUAUAGAUGGCCACAACAUUACCACUGAUGACCAGCACAUGUGGCUGAUCCCUUUCUCCUAUGGAGAGCCCCACAUCUUAAACAUAACGUUCAACAAGGCCCAGACCAUUGCCGGACUCCGUAUCUGGAACUACAACAAGUCCCCUGAGGACUCUUACAGAGGGGUGAAGGUGAUCCAUUUGUUCAUGGAUGAUGUUGCAAUCUCCCCAUUGGAGGGAUUCCUGAUCAGGAAAGGACCAGGCAACUGUCACUUUGACUUUGCCCAGGAGAUCCUCUUCCUAGACUUUCUCCAGAUCCCCACCGCCAACAAGAGUGCAGUGGACUACCACAAAGGAAGCUUCAAGAAACAAGAACAGGCCAGCAUGGACUAUGAAGCUCCCAUCAUGCCUUGUGGAUUCAUCUUUCAGCUGCAGCUGUUAACAACCUGGGGAGACCCGUACUACAUCGGCCUCAACGGCCUUGAAUUUUAUGACCACAACCACGAGAAGAUCAUUCUCAGUGAAAACAACAUUGCUGCUUUUCCAGACAGUGUGAACGUACUGGACAAUGUAAGCGGUGAUGUGAGGACUCCAGAUAAAUUAAUAGAUGGAGUCAACAGUACCCAAGAUGGAAGAUGUAUGUGGUUAGCCCCGGUGCUCCCUGGACUGGUGAACCGUGUGUACGUCAUCUUUGAUCAGCCAGUGACAGUGUCCAUGAUCAAACUGUGGAACUACUCAAAGACACCACAAAGGGGAGUGAAAGAGUUUGGGCUGCUCGUGGACGACCUCCUGGUGUACAACGGCAUCUUGGACUGUGUAAGCCAUGUGGCACGAGGCAUUCUGCCUACCUGUGAUCCAGUGGUGCCCUACCACACCAUCCUGUUUACAGACAACGCCUACAUUGCACAUCGUGAGAGGAACACUGUCAUCAGCCCUCGUGGCAGCAGACAACACCAACAUAAUUAUGUGGAGGACCAGGAUGUGAAGAUGACCAAUGAGAAUCAGAUAGUCCAUCACAACAAGAAGAAACAGACAGCAGACCCGGCUCUUCGACCUAAAACCUGCAUGACUGAUGGCGGGAAACAUGGAAAGAGGAGGUAUUGACGGACAGAUGAACAGACAGACAUGGAUUCAACGCUCAUGCAAAGAGAGCGGAACUGAAAGGGAGGAAGUAUGGCUGAAUUUU